CAGUCGCGUUCAGCUUUUCGACUGGUUCAUUAGCUAGCAAGUGAAUAUUUCUCUGACAGAAGACAAAAACAGCGCGAUUUGUGGUGCCGAGUCAAAUAUUAUCAGCAAUUUCUCACAAUUUUGCCAAGGAAUAAUCAAGAAACUGCAAAAUGACAUUCAGCAUUGGAUGUUUCACUGCUCUUCUACUCCUCUCUUCCUUUGCAGAAAGCAUCCACGUUAAUCACGAUUUUAGGGAUAUUUUACAACUGCAAGGAUUUAUUCGCAGCGCCCUCGAGAGUGACAAAUCGUUCUUCGAGAACCUAUUUAAUCAUCAUCUUAUUUCUGUCAAUGUAAAUAAUAUGGUAAUUAAUGAAAUGACAUCUAUUUUGAGAUCGGGUGAAACGAGGAAAGAUAAAGUCUUGUUGCGCACUGGAGUGUUUAUUAUUAAGAACACCGGAAAUUCGCAAGUGGAGGCACAAAGUCAAUCUUAUGCUUAUAAAAAGACUCACACAGAAUCAGUUAGCAUCGCUAAUACCAAAGGACUGACUGGAGCUAUUAAAUUCCCAGUCAUUGACAAUUUUAGUCCAACAUUGAGCUUUUCAAACACCGAAACAACAACACAAACUGAGAGUGUUGAAGAAUUAGUCACAAUUCCACCGCAAAAAGUGCUCUUGAACCCGAAGAAGCAGAAGAAAGUGAAUUACAAUCUCUACCGUGAGGAAUUGGAGCAGAAAUAUACUUUGGAAUUCACUGUAGAUCCGAGUUCAUCAUUCACUGUGACCAGAAGUUAUAGUGUUCCUGCUGGAAGUCAUCCAGCAACGACUUCGGAAACGUUAAAUUUAGUGGCAUUUUUAAGGAAGAGGCAUGAAAAUGGCAAAGGAUUCAACAAUUCCAAUUACAUAAAAUAUGAUUACAAUACGAAUAAGUUGAUGAUCAAGAAUUACACCGCUGUGAGAAAUGUUGUUAAUGACAUUGUUGAAGUCACUUUUGGAGAUGAAGAACCACUGAAUUAACAAAUGUUUAUAAUC